AUGUCUGGAUGGAACGGUGUGCGGAGUCUCAUCGGAGCAAAUCCCCUACGAUGUGUUCGAUCUGACCAGGUGCGACCCUUGCAAACCGGCGCAACUCGAAUUCUCAAUCGGAACCUCAGCCUCCAUGCCACAACGAUAACGCUGUGCCGGCGGCAUCAACACGAGCUUGGGAUAAAGAGGGACCUGAUCAGGGAUCACAUACGCUCUCUAGAGCUGCGCAGGAGGAGGUUCUCCACGUCCCAUGUGUCGAGACAUGGACAUAUCGAUCCGCCAAAGCCAGGUGAAGAGCUCAAAGUCACAUUUAUAGACAAGGAAGGGGACGAACAUACGUUUGAGGUUGCAGAGGGCGACAACCUGCUCGAUAUUGCGCAGGCCAAUGACCUGGAGAUGGAAGUCGAUUCGGACGAAAUGUAUGAUAAGAUCCCAGAGGCCACCGAUGAUGAAAACGACAUGUUAGACCUGGCAUUCGGCCUGACGGAAACAUCGAGAUUAGGCUGCCAGGUCAAGAUGACCAAGGAACUGGACGGGUUGGUGGUGAAACUACCGCAAAUGACACGGAACAUGCAGGCUUCGGAUUUCGAGAAGCGCAAUUGA